AUGUCGGACUGUGAUCCAGCUGUUGUAUCAGAACCAGGUCCAACUGGUCAUCCUGCCAGCCAUACCAGGGCCCCGCUGGCAGCGAAGGCCUUGUCCGAGUCAUACAGCCGGCUCCGGUACCAGGACACGUCCCUGCUGGUCUGGCAGCAGCAGCAACUGGAGCUGCAGAUGGCGCCACCCCCCACCUACCUGACCCGGAGCCAGUCUGCCUGGUACAGCAGCUACGGUAACCAAUCGGUUCUGAUCCGGGACAAGAGGAGCCUGCAGGGUGUUGAGGGCCAGUCCAGGAUCUGCAGCAUCAUGUAAAGAACUAGAACUCAGACCUGGGACCAACCAAACCUCCACGUAGCCAUCAGCAGAUCCACUGAACUUGAUUUGUUAACUUAACCCUCAUGCUUGUCUGGCAGGUUACAGAUUCAACCCAAACCAUGUCCACCGACCUCGUUGAUGUUUCAAGAAGUUGAGUGUUUUGGGCUUAUUUUCAUCAACCUGCUUGGAAUGUUCUCAGUUCAUCACCCUCACAUGAAUUUAGUGGUUCUGGGUGCUGCUCAGGACUUCUCCUAGCAUCCCACUGUAAAAUAAAGCUUGCUGGGGUCCA